AUGGCCGUUCAGAAGUGGAUAUUUUGCAUAUUUUCGUUGGUUUUUACCCCGAUCAUCGCAGAGGAAGAUCCUUUAUGGUAUCAACUCCUGAAAGACUCUGUUGUCAUGGAUGAAGAACGUGAGUGAAGUGUUGAUAUUUUUUCUAAGUAUAUACCCCAAUCACACAGAAAACAUUUUGGAGCUUUCAUGUUUGAAACGACAAUUUCCGUUUCUUGUUUUCAUAAGCCCUCUUUAGCUUCCUUGGCUAUGGCAGUAUCUGCAAGUUUUGAAAUUUUUUUACUUUCCGUUGUUAAUUCCUGCAGUGGAUUAAAAUCAAAUUUUUCUCACCAACCCGGUUUACCGUUGAUUUACUUUUACCUUGGGUUAAGUGGCCAAAUUUAAAACUACUUGAAAUUUUUUUUGGCUACGAACGUUUCACUGGAGCUUUCUUCUGUUAUACGAAGUUACGUCGAGAGAUACAGUUAUCCUAAUGCUGCCCGGGUCAAACUACAAAAGUCCAAACCAGUAUAUUGAAAAAAAUGAUUAAAAACUUAGAGUCGUAUUCUCUUUGUUCAAAGUUAAUAAUAUUAAUUGAACUGGAUUAUCUUGGAGAAGCUGAAUUUCUGUUAAGUUACACUGCCAAUUAGUCAAAACUUCUUAGAUUCGAAACAUCUAGACCAUCUUUUCUUAGCCUGGGAAGAUUAUACCCCAUAUUGGUGUUCCAAGACGAAAGGUUUAUCAACACCUUUGGCUGACUCUGUGAAAUCGUCCGAGGCUUGCAUUGCUUUGUGUCUUAAGUCAAAUCCCAACUGCAAAGCCGUAGAAUGGUGGGAAAACGAUGGCCAAGACUGCUUUGAAUGUACAAGGCCAUCUUUGAAGACUAAAUUUACUGACACCACUGACGGAGGGUACCCACCGCACGUGCUUGUCAAACCAGAGAAACCUGCAGGUGAGUUGAAACCUUUUGCUGGAAAAGUGCUAGAAGUCAAAAUAUGGUUUAAUAGUACCAGGUGAAAGUACUGCUCAAGAGGUUUGAAUGGUCACACCAUAGGAUUUCAUCCACAGACGCAAAAGUUAGAUCUACAUACUAAAUAAAUAGUACUGUGUGAAAGUACUGCUGAAGAGGUUUCAUUUGAAUGGUAACACCAUAGGAUUUCAUCCACAGACUCGAAAGUUUGAACUACAUACUAAAUAAAUAGUACUGUGUGAAAGUACUGCUGAAGAGGUUUCAUUUGACCGGUCAUACCAAACUGGUUCGUCCUUUAAAUUUUCUUUUAGUUCCAACAAACUUGCAUUUACAUGUAUAUGUUCACUGCACACAUCAUGUUCGGAUAUUUGGAAAAUUUAUGUGUAGCAGCUGCUCACUCAUUGCCUCAGGGAUUUGAGCAAUGCAGUGACGUCAACGCCCUGAUCAUGAAUUGCCCUUCUAUUUCAGCUCCUACCAAGUGUGACCCUAACCCUUGUAUGAACGGUGCAACUUGCAGACCCGCUCCUCAAUCUCUUGUUGGAUAUAAAUGUACUUGCUUACCUGGCUACGCAGGAGUUAAUUGCGAGGACGGUGAGACGGAGUAAUUCUAACUGCAUUUUCUCCUUACAAUCACAGCUUCCAUACUAUAUUGCACUGUUGAGAAAACGACCUUUUGCCGUUUCCGCCCUUAAUAAAAUAAAACUGAGAUGUUUCCAAAAAAAUAAAUAUUCUACGAUUCUAGUAGAUGACCUUUCAUAGUCUUGUGAAAAGUUAGGAUAAGAUUUCUGAUAAUUUAGUUGCAAUUUUUUGCUGUUGUUUUAAAAGUGUUACCCUUGGACGAAAUAUUAUUCAAAUUUUUAAAUUUUGUAUUUUGUUUUUUUGUUUUCUAUUUUUCACUUUUUUUUCUCUUUCUUUUUUAGAUGUGGAUGAAUGUGCCAAAGACAACGGCGGAUGUUCACACAAAUGCAAAAAUACAGAAGGCAGCUUCGUCUGUUCGUGCCCUGAUCCGGAGUUGAAUUUGGCACCCAAUCGUCGUACGUGCGUCGGUAAGAAAACCUAUUUUUUGGGACUUUUUUACAAACAAAAUAAAGCAAAGGAAAAGAAUGAGGGCGAAAAACAAAAAGUUAGUGAGAAAAUUCAACGUUCCAGUCAUCAGUUAAACUUAGUAAAAUAAAAGCGAUACAUUUACAUGUGUAAAGCUAGCAGAUCUUAAUUAACUCCAACCUCAACUUCAUUCAAAUCAUCCAAAUUAUUGAUGCAUUUUCUGUGGAAAAAAAUAAAUGUUUUCCCUUUCGUAAAUUUUUUCGACAGACAGCGGAUUUCACAGCUUCUUAAACGUUCAUGGAAUUUCUUAAAUUCUGUUACUUCUAUAACAACUAGGAAAUCGUAAAGUGAUUUAAAAGAUUUAACCUAAGCAAAACAAAAUUUAUCCUUUUAGCUUCUGGUGUUUCUGUCAAAUGUCGUCAAAAUAACAUGUCCAUCACCCUGCCCAAAGCUCUUGUUCUCGGCUUGAAUCGUGAACAUGUCACCCUGCGAGAUGUGAAGUGUGUUGCCAAGGAAACAAGGACAGACUUCACUCUUACGACUGCAUUGACCGGCUGUGGCACAACCGCCAGACACAGAGGAGGUUUUGUGGUUUAUAGCAACACAGUCCUGGAGAUCCCAGUUGCAGAUGACGCCAUUAUAACGAGAGUUCGUGAGAUCGAGAUCCCCUUCAGCUGUUUCUACAAAAACUCGGGUGAUGCUACUGCUGUUGGAGUUAAACCUGACACCAGGAAGUUGGUUUUUGAUGAGGAUGGACAAGGAAACUUCACAGUUUCUUUGGAUAUGUUCCCAGAUAAAAGGUCUGUUUAUGAUCGGUUUUGCACACGAUUUAAACAAACAUUUGAGCUUAUCCACUAUCUAUUUUCAUACCGAAAACGAUUCCUUGAAACUGGAUGAAACCUUAGAGAAGUUUAGGCUCGAGUGAAUUGUAUCUUAAAUGUGUUUUAGUCCAUUAGGGAUUUUCUUGGGAAAAGAAUAAAACAUCAAGGCGAUUCACUUAUAUUUUGUCACUAUUUGAAAAUCGUUCGUUGUUGUUAGUUUUCUGUUUCUUAAUGUUGAUCUGCAGCUUUGAGGCAGCUUAUACCCAGAGUGAUUAUCCUGUGGAAGUUAAGUUGAGACAGUACCUCUUCUUCCAAGCAUCUGUGAAAACCAAGGACAAAACCCUCUCAGUUUUGGCUGAGAACUGUUACGCUACACCCUCCCAGGACAGAGAACAUGAUGACAAAUAUCAUCUCAUCAAGAAUGGGUAAUUAAAGAAAAAACUUUUACUGCUUAACAAGAUUAAAUUUCGGAAAUAAAAUUUUCAAAAAGCUUAGUAACUAAAUGAUAUAUUUAAAUGAAAAGACUAAUUUUUACUUUCCACUUGGUAGCUAUUUCUCAUUACGAAAAGUCUUUUUGUUUUUCGAAUUGUGUACACUUCACAAUCGCAUCAAGACUAUUUAACACCGCAGCAGGAACUGCGGAUUUUUUUAAAUAAAAUUUUGAUUUUUUCGACGAAAACCAUCUCAGGCUAGUGUUUUUGCGUUGAAGGACUGUAAAAAAACAAGAUUCUGCGACGAAACUACAAAUUUGCUAUUAAAUGCUGAAUCUCAUGUUUUUAAGCUUUUUUUGUAUUCCAGUCCAAGAUCACAAUAAUGUCAUUAGAAACUUGAACUUGUGAUCUUUCAAUAUCUUGCUUCAAUUUUUUUCCUUUUCAUAAAGAACCAUAUUAUAGCACACUAAUAAUUGUUGAGAGUAAUUGAUGACUAUGACAUUUCCUACUUUCCAGUUGCCCAUUUGAUAAAACAACCAUCACCAUACAAUCGCAAAAAGUGGGUGUGGAUCGUUUCAGUACGGAGGCGUUUAAGUUCAUUGCUGAUCACCCAUUCGUGUUUGUCCACUGCCAAAUAAGGAUAUGUGACGCAAGUAACCCUGGAUCAAGAUGUGCACAGGGAUGUAUUAAGGAAGGCAGAUUAAGACGUGACGUUAGCGAUGAAGACAAAUUAUACCCACUGGCACAGGGACCCCUUACAAUUGCAAGUGAUGCAGCGGAAAUGAAAUCAAGAAAAAGAUCAAAUAAAAAAGGUACACGUUCCUUUGGUACAAUCACUCACAAUGUUAGAUAGUAAGAGGAACGUGUCUGUCUCCGUUCUACAUUUCGUGAUUUAGAGAAAAUAAAUCCAAUUAAGAAGAGUAAGGAUGUGCUUAGUUUAUAAGAAGCUUACUUCAAGUACCUUGAUUUUCUCACGAACGAAGUUUGGCCAAGAUCAUUAUGUUUGCCCAGACUACUUACUAACUGCUUUCGGCUCUUAUUGUUACCCCAUUAAUCUAAUAAAGCUUCAACCUCCAAAAAGCUGAAGAAUUUCAAUUUCAGAAUUUCAAAAUUUCGCAGAGAUCUCAACCAAUGAAGGAAACGUAUUCCACCGAUAAAAUACUCCUUCAGCAAGACAAGACUUAAAGUUUUUACACCUAACCAGUUAACUUCUUACCGACAUUGUUAACUUGACAUCUAACGAAAAUUUAUUUUCAACAUUUCAGAUAUGACUGUACCAGCUCUGGUUACCAUGGGAAUACUAUCAGCGCUUUGCCUGAUGGGAAUGGCUUACUUGUCUCGCAAGAAAACAAGCAAGGCCACCGCCUACACUAUUGUUCCAGAAAGCUGCGACGAAUAA